AAGCACUUCCGGUCUAUGUCGAGAAAGCUAGCCGGCACACUCGAGACAAGCGAGAAAACCCUACCCUGAAUAAGCUAUUCGCGUCUUUUCGACGCACGAACCAAAUUUUCACCCUCUUUAUUUUGAGGGAGUUCAGUUUCUCUGUACUUUGGCUUCUACUUUUCCGCGAAAGGCCUGGGAACAACAUCUUCGACAGAGAUCAUACGGCGGAGGCAACGAAACAUGAGUGAGCAAUCAAAGAAAUAGGGAUGACAAGAGAUACUGCUUCUUUGCUGUAGCGAGCACAAAUAUUGCCGUGAAUGGUUUCUAGGAAACUUAUCGUCACCUCUCAUCGGUUAUGGAAGACAUCGAAGAUAUAUUUGAGGGGUCACUUGAAAAGCCAGUUGAAGAUGUCCAAGGGAAAAACUGGCUCAAAAAGUCUUUCACCAAAAAGUGGAAAAAAGUAUACUGUGUGCUACGGAAAUAUGGCUCAAGUGAACAAGCCUUUCUGCAGAUAUUUGAAAAGGAGGACAGAUGGCGACAGCAGAUGCCCAAAGGUACCCUUGAGUUGUUCCCACGGUACCGUGUUCUCAAGAAGAGUGAUGUCAAAGGGAAACCCCAUGUGUUUGAAAUCAGUAAUGAUGCAGAGGUGUACAUAUUAGCAGCUGACUCUGAGACUGUUCUGGACCUGUGGGUUAUUCAGCUACAGAUGCAAACGCGAUUAAACCCCAGAGUUGCUGGAAAAACCUUUAGAGUGCAGUGCAGUGGUAGCCAAGCAAUGCAGAGAAUUGGUGGAAAGGAUCAGUUUUGCUUACUUCAUAUAUCACGAUGGGGGGUUACCCUGGCUUUAGAGCGAACUCGUGCUGUCCUUGCCCAAUGGCCUCUCACUACAAUCCGGAAUUAUGAAUCCAUGGACCGGGGAGAGUUUAGUUUUGAGGCAGGCCGUAAGGCCCCAAUGGGUGAGGGAAAGUAUACUUUUGGGACUCAGUUUGGUGAGGACAAUAGCAUAUUUGAUACUAUUGACGGGUAUACAUCCGCACGGCUGUCAGCCCAGAAUGCAGGUGGAGCCGUGCUGCGUGGCAGUGAUGAGGAAUUGUCCAUGGCAUAUGACCAACUGCGGUUUAGUGUUCUCAAUAUUCCACAAGACACGCCCUUUGAACGUGGAGGAUCUGUGCGUAGUAUGGACAUGUCUGCCAGUGCACCAAGGGCAAUUACAAAUGAGCCUCCGAGUAGUUAUGAUCGCAUCGACCGCUCAGACAGUAUCGGUAGUGCCCGGAGUCUUGGAAGCUUCAGCCCGUCACAGGACCCUUUUAGCAGCAGGCACUCAAGCUUCGGGUCUCAAACAGAUGGAAGCACAGCCAGGCCGACAAAUUAUGACACCUUGGAUCACGCAAGGUCAAUGGUCAGUAUGAGCUUCAAGGAGAGUUCCCGCAACCUUUCACGGUCAGCUGGCAGCUACAAUCAUAUACCAACUUCCAGUUUGCGAGGUACCCCUGAUUACUGGAGACGGGACCCCCCAACAUGUCCGCUUGAGGUCUCGCCUGAAGCCGACGAGAGGACGCUGAGCAACAGAACAGGCUCACCGUCAUCCCCUGAUUUCUCCAGUAGCGGUGAUUACAGCAAGCUUGACGGGUAUCCUGUGGAUGCUGCAAGCUCUAGCACCUUAACGGAGGAGCGUCUUCCACCUCCCCUCCCCGCGCGCGGAAAAACGCUUCCCGCUUACGGAAGUAAGAGCAAUACAAUCAAAGCAUUCAAGGAGAAGUUGUUUUCCAAGAAAAGCACAGACAGCACAAAGGCUGUUAACAAGACCAGCAUGUCUCCUAACUUUGUUUACCUGAAUUCCUGCUAUUCCAAGAGCAUUGAAGUUCUGCCAUCGAUCUAUGCCACAGUCGAUAAGGAAAAGAAGAAACGAGAUCGCGAAAGAAAGGCCAAGAAGAAAGCGAAAGCUUUCGAAAAUAAGCGAAAAAUGAGUAAAAGCUGCGACAGUCUGUCCGGGUCUCCGAGGCUCAAUUCAUUCUCGUUUACGCCUUUCAGCUUCAAAGGCCUGGCGUCCGCGCUGGAUUCUGAAUCGGAUUCUGAUUUGAGCGAUUCGCGAAGCACAUCAGGUUCGGAUCAGGGCUUUAAUUUUUCCGGCGAGAUCGUACCACCGAAGUCGCCGCUAUCGGACCGUGUAUCAAUGGCACACCGAGGAACAAUUGAUCGAGACGAGCCUUCUCGAGCAUUCCUAACAUCCUCGGCGCUCAACUCACGAGAGGUGGCGGCCUUGCAUAGCACUUUGUCACAGUCGCCUCAACUGCCGCCUAAAGUGUUAGCAAAAUCAAGUGACGCUUAGAGAUAUAUAGGUCAGACAGUCUACUUGACCAGUUACCGGAAUUCAAAAGCGUCGAGGGCAAAGCACUUUGCCACAGUCGCGUCAACUGCCGCCUAAAGCGUUAGCAAAAUCAAAUGACGCUUAGAGAUAUAUGGGUCAGACAGUAUAGUUGACCAGUUACCGAAAUCAAAAGCGUCGAGGGCAAAGCACCUUGUCGAAGUCGCCUCAACAGCCAUCCAAAGCGUUAGCAAAAUCAACUGACUCUUAGAGAUAUAUGGGUCAGACAGUAUAGUUGACCUGUAACUGAAAUUCAUAAGCGUCGAGGGCAAAGCACCUUGUCGAAGUCGCCUCAACAGCCAUCCAAAGCGUUAGCAAAAUCAAGUGACGCUUAGAGAUAUAUGGGUCAGACAGUAUAGUUGACCUGUAACUGAAAUUCAUAAGCGUCGAGGGCCAUCCAAGUAGUAAAUCAGUAGUGUCGAAGUCGCCUCGACUGCCACCCAAAGCGGCAGUAAAAUGUGACACUUAAUAGAGUAAUGGGCCUAGUUACCGUAGUUGUAAAGGGCCGAAAUCAAAGCAGCCGCAUCUUUUACGCCCAAAGGGGCAACCAUAAAAGGUCACUCAGCAAUGGGCUAUUCCAAUGCCUACACGGGGGCCCCGUGAAAUUUCUAAAGCCUUCACGGGGGCUCUGUGUAAUUUCUAAAGCCUUCACGGGGGCUCUGUGUAAUUUCUAAAGCCUUCGCGGGGGCUCUGUGUACUUUCAAUUUGAAGUUCAGCGUCUAUGCCAAGUUGGGGAUUGUUUGAAGCCAUUCUGCACUUUUGUUUCCAAAAAGUUACAAGACAAAACAAGCAAAGAUUUACCAAAGUAUCGCUUUUGCGUGUAUAUUGUUUGGAAAACAUCACCUGAAGAACGGCCCAUUGAUAUAGGAAAAAAGGACAUAUAUAUAGGACUUCACGUCCAACCAAACAUCUCCUGUUAAGCCAUCAGGCUACAAGGUACUAAAUUACGCCUACCGUAAAAAAAUAUAUAGACAUUUUGAAAUUUGUACGUGUAGUCAACCGGCGCCUUUUUCAGGACGUGCUUGGACUUUAAGGACAAUGCAACACUGAUUUGUCCGUAUAAUGACAAGGUAUGCUUGUUUUUUAUUUCAUUUUUUUUAAUAACAUGGGUUUAGUUGUAUGCUGUCUAUCUAUGCUAUCUCACGCGAACUUCUCUUUAAAACACUAGAGCUACGACUACUAAAAAGUAGUAUUACUUUCUAUUUAAUACAGGUUCCAAAGGCUUUAUUCUUAGAAUCAUUUUAUUGUUUGUACAAAAACAGCAUGAUAUUAAGCACAGCAAGGCUGUGAGCUUUAGCCAAUUUUAUCCAAUUAUUGUUGGUUAUAAUUCAGCAGCAUCAUCCAGGCGGGUACACAGGGGGGGGUACACAGGGGGUGCGCGCGCACCGCACCUGAGCGGCCAAAAAGUUAGUCAUUUCUUAUUAUUAAGAAAUCUUCAAAUCGUAUGCUUUUUCCAUAUGAUACCUAUGACUGCGCAUCCCCCCCCCUCUUGGCGGCCAAGAAGUGGGUCAUUUCUUAGUAAGAAAUCUUCAAAUCGUAUGCUUUUUACAUCUGAUACCUAUGACUGCGCACCCCUCCCCCCCUACGGCCAAUCCUAGGUACGCACCUGUCAUCGGGUACAACAUUGAGACCCGAAAAUAAACAAGAGCAAAGAUUGAGGCUUUGAUACCCAUAUACAAUCAGUCUUAAAAUCCGUGUAAAUACAGACAAGUCGGCAUCAGAUCCACAACACCUUUAGCCAGGCCAGGCCACGGGCUAAAUGGCGCUGUUUACGCAAAUAUUCACGUAUACAACGAAAUUUGAAACCCAGCAAUCCCGCCUUCAUUAACGUCCCCACCGCUUGAAUCCGCAAACUCAGCAGCCGAUACUGUGGCGUAAUUUAUCGUUGCCGACUUGCUACCAUCACUAUAGGAAUACGUUUGUGAUGGUAAACCUAAAAUGCCCUUGGCAAUCACAAAAUUGUUGUGCGCGAGGGCUUCUCCUAUGUACGACGUCCCCGCGACGGCAUGAAAAGGGGGGUCGAACCAGGGACAUGCGAAGAUGCUAUCCUGCAUAUGUUGAAUACUAUUGGUCAUGCGCAGAACAUUGUCGGUCUCAGGAAUACGCAGCCUCGUUGUGAGAUUCUGGUAGAAGCUGGGGGCGCCCAAGGCCCCGUAUGUACACAGGGACUGAAUGAUGACGUCACUGGUAGGAGUGAAGGCGAUCUUGUCGUACUUGCCAGGCGUGUAGACAAAUGUUUCAGUGGAGUGACGUGCGGUUAUGCGAAGCGCUAGAAGGAGUCCUGUUGAGCAGGAUUUUGACAUAAAAUGCUGAUUCUAGGUAGAUCUAGAUCUGUAUAUUGGGAUCUUUUAUGAACCACACUAAGUGUAUCCGUGGGUUGUUCAGCAGCUCUCAGAAGAUUUCACCACAUUGGAUUCAUGCACCACAGACAAAA